UUGGCAUAUAAUAUUUAUGUUUUACGAAACAACAAGUUGUGGUUUCGUUAAUUUGAUCAUUUUCCUCAUUGCUCAAGUUGCUUCUCGAUAUCGAAAUCAAUAAAAAGUGUCAAAAAUAGGAUAAAGGUGGUUUUAGCAGACAUUUUUACACAGAAAACUGUUGGAAACUUACAAAUUUCUCUUUUGAUAAUAUCAUUUUAUAUGUAAACACGUUAUGAAAGUUUUGAAAGUGAAUUCGAUCAAAUGGAUAAGGAUUAAGGCGAAUACGAAACAGAAAUGCCAAUAAAUAGAAUUUGGAUCUUUGUUUGGACAUGCUUAGUGUUAGCGGCGGCAGAGGGACCGCGUUGCCCUCCAUGGGCCACUCAAGACCAGUGUCGAGAAAACGGCUCCGUGGUCGAUGAGCACUUUUUUGUAGUCAAUGGUCAAAAACUGCAAAUAACCUCUGAUGUGAGAUAUUUUCAUCUCACUUGCCCGGAAAAUGUUUCCCUGGAAAGUGAAGUACUGCCGCGAUUCGAGAGAGCGGUCAAGGUUCUGUACGUGAAGCUGACCACGUGCGCACCGCCGGCGCAAGGCUACGCCGCUGCGCUGCAGGCGCUCAACAUCACGGUCCGCAGCACGCUAGAGCUGGAUAAAACACCCGCGCAACCCGAGCUGCGUGCAGUUCACUUACGCGACUUAGACAUCGCCUCGCUCGCUAUCUCGUCUGCCGCUGCACUUCUAAUACCCGACCCCGAUUUCGUCGAACCGCUGGUUACUCUGCGCAAUUUGCAACUCACCGGCGUCUCACUUUCGCGAUCUGCCACGCUUCUCUUGCCACAAACGCUACAAUCGUUGAGCCUCAACAACGUCGGACUCGCGAGCAUCCCCGCCGAUGCGUUCGCACGCCUCCCCAAGCUCUCACGUUUCGUCGUGCGCGACGACCUUCUCCGAGAAGUGAACCUGAGCGCGGCGCCGGCGCUUGAAGUCGUGCAGCUGGCCGCGCCCGUCGACGGCUUAACGCUCGGGCCUUCUAUCGAGAACGUGACUCUGCGCAAUGCUCAUAGCGCCGUCCUCCGCGGAAACUGCUCGUCAUUGCGGAACGUGGUCGUCGACAACGUGAUCACGGCGCUACCGGCCGGGUGGCUGUCGGCGUGCCCGGCCGUCGACACGUUACGUGUGUGGCGCGUGCGGAGCGGGCUGGUGGGCGCGGAUGAGCUGCGGGGAGCGCGUGCGCUGCGCGUGCUGGAGGUCCGCCAUUGUGGGCUACGCACGUUGCAUCCGCGAUGGAUCGAAGACACGCCCGCCCUGUACCGGCUCGAUCUAUCGUCAAAUGAGCUGGAGCAGCUCCCGAGCGAGCUCGUGGACGCGGCGCCGGCGCUGGAGGAGGUGGAGAUGUCGAGUAACAGGCUCGGGCGGGCGGCGGUGGCGACGCUGGCGGCGCUGCCGGCGCUGCGCGCGCUGUCGCUGGACCGCAACCCGCUCGCCGACCUCUGCGGCUCCGGCGAUGCCUACGUCGCUCACGUGAUGUCGCCGCUGUGGCAGACGCACUCGCUGCGCGCGCUGCGCCUGGCGCGCACCGGCCUCGCGCGCAUCUGCCGCGACUGGCGCUCCGACCUCGUGGCGCUCACCGACAUCGAUCUGCGCUCCAACAACAUCUCGCGCCUGGAGUUCGACGACCUGCAGUGGCGCCGCACGCACGCGACCACGGUGGACGUGCGAGGCAACCCCGUGCGCGACGUGAGCUACACCCGCGAGCAGUUCGCCGCCGUGCUCGCCGGCAACGUGUCCGACGACUUCGCCUCGUCUCGGUUGACGUCGCUGCUCCUGGACGCGCCGCUGAAGUGCGACUGCUCCGCGUACUGGUUCGCGCGCGCCGCCCGCGAGCGGCCCGAGCACGCGCGCGCCGCGCUGCGCGACGCGCGCUGCGGGAGCGGCGCCGCGCUGCUGGACGUGCCGCCGCACGCGCUGCUGUGCGCGCUGCCCGCCGCGCUGGGCCCGUGCGCCGCCGGCUGCACCUGCUUCGUGAGCGGCGAGCGCGCCGAGCUGCGCUGCGCGCGCGCCGGCCUGCGCCGCGUGCCGCGCGCGCCGCGCGGGCUGCCGGCGCGCGCGCUGCUGCUGCCGCACAACAACAUCUCGCGCCUCACGCCCGACGACAUCGCGCCGGAGCUGGAGGUCCUCGACCUCUCCGACAAUCGGAUAGUUAGCAUCGACCCGGCGACGACGGCGAUCCUGUUCGACGGGAGACGCUCCGUGCGGCUCGCCGGCAACCCGCUGCGCUGCGACUGCGACUCGAUGCCGCUGCUGCGGGCGCUGGCGGCACACGUGCGCGCCGAGGGCGCGGAGGGCGCGGGGGGAGCGCAGUGCGCGGGCGGGGAGGACGCGCUGGCGGCGGCCACGCGGCUGGCGGCGCGCUGCUCGCCCGCGCUAUGGCCCCUCGCACUGGUGGGGCUGGCGCUGGCCGCCGCCUCGGCCGUGGCCGCCGCCUGCCUGACGCGUCCCGUCGCCCGUCAGCGCUUCAAGCGGUUCCUGUUCGAGCGCGGCCUGUGUCUCCGCUGGCUGCUGCGGCCGCUGCGCGAGGACGACGACUCGGAGCGGCCGUUCGACGCGUUCGUGUCGUUCUCGCACCUGGACGCCGAGUUCGCGGCGGAGCUGGCCACGCGGCUGGAGCGCGACGCGGGGCUGCGGCUGUGCCUGCACGAGCGCGACUGGACGCCGGGCCGGUGGAUCCCGGCGCAGAUCGCGGAGUCCGUGUCGCGCUCGCGGCGCACGCUGGUGCUGCUGUCGGAGCGCUUCCUGGCGUCCACGUGGGCGCGCGCGGAGAUGCGCGAGGCGUACGCGGCCGCGCUGCGCGACCAGCGCCCGCGCCUGCUGCUGCUGCUGCUGCCGGGCCUGCGGCCGGAGCUGGCGGCCGCCGCCGACGCAGACCUGCGCGCCUACCUCGCUUCCGUCACGUACCUGCGCUGGGACGACCCGCAUUUCUGGGACAAGCUGGUUUUGGCGAUGCCGCGGCCUCGCGCGCGCGUCGCUUCGUCGCCCGCUGCCGCCCCCGCUUCGUCGCCCGCCCCCGCCCCCGCUUCGUCGCCCGCUCCCGCCCCCGCUUCCGUCGACCCGCCCGCGAAGACGCUCGCUCCUCCGUCGCCCGCCUGAGCGUUAACGACUGACUAUCCGUAUUUGUUGUUUCGCGGGAGAUACAUCGAUGGGCGGGUGUGACUCAUACCUCUAACGAAUGUUU